GGCCUGUGCCGGAGGUCGCUGUGCCGGCUCGCAGCCGCGGCGCUGCAGUGCCCCCGCCUGCGUGCCGAGCUCAGCCGGCUCCAGGCUGGAGAUGGGACGGGCUGGAGCGAGCAGAAAUCGCUGCAAAGCCGAGGCCUUCCCAGGACAGGCUGUCUCUCACACUGAAUUACCAGCAAAGGAUGGAGAACAUCCUGGCUGGUUUGUGUGGGACCAGCCCAGAAGAUCCAUUCCCUGUGUGGGUUCGUGGCAGCGUUGGCCAUUGCUUCAACCAGCUGACAUUAAAUGUGAUUCCUCAUGUGAUCCUUGCAGUGGUCAGUGCCUGCUUCCUUGGCACUCCGAGGUCUGGCUCCGGUGUGCCUUGCAGGCCAAGCUGGGGAUGGAGAAUAGCUGCUUCCUUCGUACUUGUUGGCCUAUUCUUUGCUGAUACCAUCCCAGCCACUGUUUCCCAGCAGGAGCUGGGCCCUGUGUACCUGGAAGUGCUGGCCAAUGGCACUGCUGCCCUGACAUGGCUGGUGCAUGGCUUCGCUCUUCUCAUGCUCUGCAGGUCCAUUCACGGCUUUUCCAGGGGCCCUGCAGCUCUGGCUCUCCUCACUCUCUUACCCCUACCUUCCUUCAUCAUCACACUGGUGUGGUACUGCCAGAGUGGGACAGCUUGGUCCCCUGCCCACCCCGGUGCCUCUUCCAGGUUCGCCAUCCUCUGUCUGCAGCUGGCCUCUCUGCUUGCCUAUGUGGCCAGUUACCUCUUCCCCACUGCUGGCAGGCAAGACUUCCUCUCCAUCAAUCACUCCUGGCAACAAGACCAGCCCAUCUCAGGGCCAGGGGUCCCAGUGCCUGACCAGCAGAGAGUGGCAGAAGAUGGUGAGAGCUGGCUCUCACGGUUCUUUUACACCUGGAUGAACCCUCUUAUGAAGCGUGGCUACCAGCAGAAGCUGAACCAGCCGCAGGAUGUCUAUAUGCUUCCUCACCAGCUCCAGGCUGCCAGGGUCUGUGACCGGUUCUACUCUUGCUGGCAGAAGAAGGCAGCUCUUCACCAAGCAGAGGAGGAGACAGUGUCUCUUACCAGCCCAAUCAUUGCUGGAGAUGAUGGGAGUAGUGAUGCUCCAGACAGCCCGCACCAUGCCCAGGAAGCUGUGUGCCUCUUGUCAGUCCUUCAUGCAGCCUUUGGGCUUCGUUUCUACACCCUUGGAGUUCUCAAGCUGGCUGCCAGUCUGCUGGGUUUUUCAGGCCCUCUGCUUCUGAACUUGCUGGUGAACUUCAUGGAGUCACGGCAGGAGCCCCUGAGCCACGGGGUUCUUUAUGCCCUUGGGCUCUUUGCUGGCUCCUUCCUGGGCGCUCUCUUGCGGAACCAGUUCAGCUAUGAGACGAAGAAGAUGAUGCUGAUGGUGCGGGCCGCAGUCAUCUCCGCCAUCUACCGCAAGGCUCUGCGUGUCAGCAGCACCAGCCUUGCCCACUUCACUGUGGGGGAAAUUGUCAAUUUCAUGAGCACGGACACCAAUAGGUUGGUCAACUUCUGCCUCAGCUUCCACGAGUUGUGGAGCCUGCCUGUCCAGCUUGCCAUUACCCUCUACCUCCUCUACCAGCAAGUGGGGGUAGCCUUUCUGGCAGGCGUGGCCCUGGCACUGCUGCUCGUGCCCAUCAACAAGAUCAUAGCGAACCGCAUCAUGCUGAACAACAAGAGGAUGCUGAAACACAAGGACACACGAGUCAAGCUAAUGACAGAGUUCCUAUGUGGCAUUCGUGUGAUCAAGUUUUACGCCUGGGAGAAGCACUUCAGCAGCAGGAUAAAUGCCUGCCGGGCUAAAGAGCUGCAGAAGUUACGGGCCGUCAGUUACCUGGAUGCUUUGUGUGUGUACAUGUGGGCAGCACUGCCUGUUGUUGUCUCCAUCGCCAUCUUCGUCGCCUAUGUCCUGUUGGGUCACCAGCUCACUGCCACAAAGGUGUUCACAGCACUGGCCCUUGUUGGGAUGCUUAUUCUACCCCUCAACAGCUUCCCAUGGGUGUUGAAUGCAAUCUUGGAGGCCAAGGUUUCCCUGGAUCGAAUCCAGCAAUUCUUUGAACUCAUGGACCAGGACCUGGAAGCUUAUUAUGCCCCAGAUAGCCCUUCAGAUACUGCUACUGCCAUGGAGAUACGAUGCGCAGCCUUCUCGUGGGUGCCAGCUGAGGAGGAAAGCACCAGGCAGCCCUCAUCCACAGGCACUCUGCAACUGCACAUUGAGAACCUGUCAUUGAGGAAGGGAAUGCUCCUGGGGGUUGUUGGGAAGGUUGGCUCUGGCAAAAGCUCUCUUCUUGCAGCCGUUACUGGAGAGCUCAUUAAACAAGGUGGACGAAUGUAUGUUUGUGACCUGGAGCAAGGAUUUGGUCUGGCCACGCAGGAGCCUUGGAUACAGUUUACCACUGUCCGCGAAAACAUCCUUUUAUCAAUAUUUCAGAUUUUACCAGCAGGUGACCAGACAGAGGUGGGUGAAAAUGGUGUGACACUCAGUGGCGGACAGAAGGCUCGAAUAGCCCUUGCCAGAGCCAUUUACCAGGAGAAGGACCUUUACCUCCUUGAUGAUCCCCUGGCUGCUGUUGAUGCAGAUGUAGCCAACCAUAUUAUGCAGAAAUGCAUUUUUGGAGUUCUCAAACAUAAGACCAGGGUCCUUUGCACUCACAGGACCGAGUUUUUGGAGAAGGCCGAUGCCUUGUUGCUGAUGGACAAUGGCAGGAUAGUUAAGACAGGAACACCAGCUGAUAUCCUGCCGCUUGUUGAAGCCUUCCCCAGGUUCAAGGAUACAGACAAGGGGCAUAAGGAUAAAGCCCCUAAUGAACAGGGACAGGAGGAGGCCAUAACAACAGAGGCAGAAGAACCAACCCAAAACUAUAAUCUCAUUCACAAGGAGGAAGAGAAGAAAGAAGGGGCAGUAGCUUUUCAGGUGUACAAGGCCUAUUGGAUGGCAAUGGGCAGCUGCUUGGCAAUAUCAAUCCUCUUCUCACUGUUUCUGAUGCAAGCAUCCAGAAAUAUCUCGGACUGGUGGCUGUCAUACUGGAUCUCCAGCAUAUCCCGGACAUCAAAUACCUCUGUGAUGGCCUGCUCAGCUUCCCUGCCUUCCCCAGAGCUGCUUCUCUUCUCCACUGCUGGGCUUGUUUCCCCCAUUCAAGAUCUGGACAAGACCCCAGCCCCUCCCAAUGGCUCUGUGGAUGUGAAUUUCUACCUGAUAGUUUAUGGGAGCAUUGCAGGGGCCAACUCCCUCUUCACCAUUAUUCGGGCUUUCCUCUUUGCUUAUGGCACUCUCCGUGCUGCUGCUGUCAUUCACAACCGACUGCUCCAAAGGGUUCUAAAGGCCACAGUCACCUUCUUUGACACCACACCAACAGGCCGGAUCCUGAACCGCUUCUCCUCAGACUUGUACUGUGUGGAUGACAGCCUGCCAUUUAUCCUCAACAUCUUCCUAGCCAACAUCUAUGGGCUCUUGGGCAUGCUGGUGAUAAUGACCUAUGGCCUCCCUUGGAUUGGUCUGGUCUUGCUCCCCCUGGCUGUAGUCUACUUCUUCAUUCAGCGCUAUUACCGAUUCACAUCCCGGGAGCUCAAGCGCCUCCACAGUGUCACCCUGUCUCCCAUUUACACCCACUUCUCAGAGACCCUUUCGGGACUGAGCACUAUCAGAGCCAUGCGGGCAACAAAGAGGUUUGAGUUGGAGAAUCAGCUGCGUCUGGAGCAGAACCAGCGCUGCCUCUUUGCCAGCAACACAGUGAUGGAUUGGCUGGACAUCCGCUUGCAGAUGAUUGGGGUUGCUGUGGUUACUGCUACUGCAGGGAUUGCCAUUAUCCAGCACCAGAAGCAGCUGGGAAAUCCAGGACUUGUGGGCCUGGCACUCUCGUAUGCCCUGUCUGUCACAAACCUGCUCUCAGGCCUCAUUUCCAGUUUCACUCACACAGAGAUCAUGAUGGUAAGUGUGGAGCGGACAGAGGAGUACACCACAGACAUCCCAGUGGAGCCCCAGGAAAAACUGGUCCAGGUUUCUGCUGACUGGCCAAGCGAGGGGCUUGUGGAGUUCCAGCAAGUGGUCCUGGCUUACAGAGCAGGCUUGCCUAAUGCACUUGAUGGUGUGAGCUUCACUGUUUACCCUGGAGAGAAGCUGGGGAUUGUGGGUCGCACAGGAUCUGGGAAAUCCACCCUUUUCUUGGCCCUUUUCCGUAUGGUGGAGAUGAAAUCAGGCCGGAUUCUCCUGGAUGGUGUUGACAGCCAGCUGGUGGGCUUGGAGGAACUGAGAUCUAGGCUGGCCAUCAUCCCACAGGAUCCAUUUUUGUUCAGUGGCUCAAUCAGAGAAAACCUGGACCCCCAGGGAAAACGGACAGAUGCUGAGCUCCGUGAGGUGCUGGAGCAGUGCCACCUGUGGGAUGCUGUUGCUCAGAUGGGUGGGCUGGACAGCGAGCUGGGAGAGAGGGGAAAGAGUCUGUCUGUGGGACAGAGGCAGCUGGUGUGUCUGGCCAGAGCCCUCCUGACGCAGGCCAAGGUGCUGUGCAUCGAUGAGGCCACAGCCAGUGUGGAUCAGAAGACAGACCAGCUGCUGCAGCAGACCAUCCGCCAGCGCUUCGCUGAUAAAACUGUUCUGACAAUUGCUCACAGGCUGAACACCAUCCUGGACUCGGACCGAGUGCUGGUGAUGCAAGCUGGGAGAGUGGCAGAGUUGGAUUCACCUGCCCACCUAAGCCAGAAGGAUGGCUCCUUGUUCCAGCGCCUCCUGCACAGCAGGCAGCAAUGAUCUCCCUCCUGGACUUAGCCCAGGAAGCCCUUCCAGCUGGGUGCUUGGCUUUCCUCUCACCUCAGACACCAGCCCUGUCCCUGCAGGUCCAGGAGCUGCUCAGGUGAGGGAGGGGCUUAUUCCUGCCUGCAGGCAGCAGUUGUGUGUCCUCAGGGAUGGGAGCAUGUCACUGUGGCCUUUCCUUUAAUAGGGAAGAUGUGACCUGCUGUUUAGAGUUGUGCAAGCCUGGUUGGUGGGAUCCUGCUUCCCUCUAAGGCUUCCCUUUGAGAUUACGGAGGGAUUUUCUACUCACUGAAGAAUCAGUAACUCCUAGUUUGAGACUUAGUCUCACAUAUGCAAUGUAAAAUAAAGUGGAAAUAUCCUUGUGAAGCUGUUAA